CAUGACUUGAAGCCAAGACAGGAAGUUUGUCAUAAUAAGGAGAGCAAAGCAUUUCUAUUCUCUCAGUUGCUUUUCUCUAACACAUAAACCUGUCAUACAGAUUUGGUACACGAAGAAACUACAAGAAUGUUGCAUUUCCCAGCGAUACCAGGACAGUUUGGUCCUGAAGCUCGGGAGCUGGGUCUCAGAGGCUGGAGGGUGGAGAAGAUGAAGGCUGUUCCACUGGACCCCUCCGACCUGGGGGCUUUUUUCACCGGGGAUUCCUACCUGGUUCUGAGCAACAGGGGGGAAGAUGGCGCUGAUCUGCACAUGUGGAUCGGUGAGAAGUCCUCUCAAGACGAGCAGGUAGCCUGUGCCAUGCUGGCCACGCAGCUGGACCACUUCCUGCGCAUAGACACUGUCCAUCACCGGCAGGUCCAGGGCUACGAGUCCCCUGAGUUCAUGAGCCUCUUCCCCAGGGGGGUCAGCUAUAAGGAGGGAGGUGUGGAGUCAGGAUUUAAGAAGGGUAAGCCUGGUUCUGCUCCAAUCCAAAGGUUAUACCAGGUCAAAGGCAAGAGGAACAUCCGGGCCAGGGAGGUAGAACUCAGCUGGAAGAGUUUCAACAAGGGAGACUGCUUCAUACUGGACCUGGGAGAGAAAAUAUUGUCCUGGGUCGGUUCCCAGGCCAACAUGUUUGAAAAACAGAAGGUACGGGAGAUUGCAAUGCUUAUUCGGGACACAGAUAAACAUGGCAAGGCCCGCAUCACUGACGUGAGCGAGGGAGAGGAGACACCCGAGAUGCUUCAGGUACUGGGUCCUAUGCCAGAAUUGAAAGAGAGUGUCCCUGAGGAGGACACUCAAGCUGAUGUCUCUAAUUCUGCCUCUUUAUACAAGGUGUCAGAUGCCACAGGCAGAAUGACUCUGACCAAAGUAUCAGAGAAGGGCUCCUUUGGAAGGGACCUCUUGGUGCAGGAUGACUGCUUCAUCCUGGACAACGGAGCCAAUGGCCGGAUCUUUGUGUGGAAAGGGAGCAGAGCCAAUCCAGAGGAGAAGAAACAGGCACUAAAAAUGGCAGACAACUUUAUCGAGCAGAUGAACUACCCCAGAAUGAAAACACAGGUGAAGAUUCUCCCCCAGGGACGAGAGACAAUGAUAUUCAAGCAGUUCUUCAAAGACUGGGACUAACCGACUAACAGCACCUGUGUGCAUUCCUUAAUCAAUGGUUUGUCAUUGUAAAAUCAAAACAAAGUAAUAAAAUACAUAUAAAAA